AUGCAAAGUUGGAUUCGAUGGGAGGAGAAACUUCCAAGCCAUGUCACCGUACCUCGAUCAUUAGCAGCACAUCAAGAGGACAUCCAAGCCAUUGAGUUACAUGCCUUCGGGGAUGCGAGUGGGAAAGGUAUGGCUGCUGCGGUGUAUGCUGUAGUGGUGCAAGAGAAGGGUGUCAACCAAGGGUUAGUUGCUUCAAGGGCAACAUUAGCGAAGAAAGGAUUAACCAUACCUCGGUUAGAGUUGGUGUCAGGUCACAUGGCAGUAAAUCUCCUGUCAAAUGUGAGUGAGGCUUUGGAAGGCUUUCCUGUAACCGUGAAGUACUGUUGGCUCGAUAGCACUGUUACCCUGCAUUGGAUAAGAUGCCCAGGAGAAUACAAACAGUUUGUAAGUAACCGAGUUGAAAAGAUUCAAGCGCAUUCUGAUGUAGUGUGGCAUCACGUAAGAACAUCAAACAACCCAGCUGAUGUUGGAAGCCGUAGCGGAGAAGUAUCCAACCAUGCCUUAUGGUGGAACGGCCCCGAGUGGUUGUCAGACAAAGCAUGCUGGCCCCCUGACAUAGUGACGAAUGCCACACAAGAAUCAUUGGCGGAAGCUAAAGCAAAACAAGACAUGCUAGUAGCAGUAGCAGUGGCAGUGGCAGACAAGCUGGAUGACCUUGUUGAAAAAUUCAGCCAGUGGAAAGCAAUUCGAGUGACCGCAUGGAUAAUCCUUUUCACCCAAAAUUCUCGCGCCAAGAAGACCAAGAUGUUGGAGGGACCGCUAACCGCAGACGAAACAAAGAAAGCAGAACUCUUUCGGGUGAAGCGAGUGCAGGCGCGAGCUACUGGUGAUGGGCUAUACCAAGAAGACAAGCUGCAGCUGAAUCUACAGAAAAAUGAAGAUGGAGUACUGGAAUGCCGUGGCAGAGUUCAGGGCCACUACCCGAUAUUCCUACCAGAUGGACAACGGUACACUGAGAAGUUAGUGGCCCAGGCCCAUGUUGCAGUGCUGCAUGGGGGAGUUGGGAGUACGAUGGCAAAAGUACGAGAGCACUACUGGGUGCCACGCCUGAGAAGAUUAACUAAAAGGAUCAUGAAGUCUUGCCAUGGUUGUCGGCGGUUCAGGGCGCAGGCCUAUACCUCUGCUCCGCCAGGGAACCUCCCAAGGGAUCGCACAGUGGGCCAAACACCCUUCCAAGUCAUUGGAGUGGACUUUGCGGGACCGUUGAGGUACCGGAAGAGACCAAAAACUGAAGGAAAGGCAUACAUCCUACUAUAUGCUUGCAGCCUUACACGUGCUGUGUAUGUAGACCUUGUGCCAAACCUUGAGACCACUGAGUUCAUCAGAAGCUUGAAGUGCUUCAUCGCCCGACGUGGGAGACCGCAGCGAAUCUACUCCGACAAUGGUAAAACAUUUGUCAGUGCAUCCAAAUAG